CUGAUAUUCCUCUUGUUUGGAUUAUAGACAUACGAAGAAGAUCGCUAGUUUACAUCUAAAGAUUCAUGUCUUUGGAUGUUAUUGGUAUAACCAGCACAACAAAAUGUCAAAGAAGAAAGGACUGAGUUUGGAGGAGAAGAGAACUCGCAUGAUGGAGAUUUUCUUUGAAUCGAAAGAUGUUUUUCAGCUGAAAGACAUUGAGAAGAUCGCUCCUAAAACAAAGGGCAUAACUCCCAUGUCUGUGAAGGAAGUGCUGCAGAGCCUGGUGGAUGACAACAUGGUGGACUGUGAGAGAGUGGGUACAUCCAACUAUUACUGGGCCUUCCCCAGCAAGGCCUUAAACGCUCGCAAGCACAAACUUGAUGAGCUGCAGAAACAGAUUUCUGAAGCAAAACAGCGGAAAGUGUCUCUACAGAAACUGGUUGAAAAGGCCAAAGUAGGACGUCAAGAUACAAAGGAGAGAAGCUCCCUGCUGAAGGAACUGCAGGCUCUGAGAGAGGAGCGAACUGGGCAGCAGGCCGAGUUGGAGAAGUACAGGGAAUGUGACCCAGAGGUCGUUGAGGAGAUGAGAAAGUCAAAUGUUGUAGCAAAAGAAGCUGCUUCCAGGUGGACAGAUAAUGUUUUUGCGAUCAAGUCAUGGACAAAGAAGAAGUUUGCCUUUGAUGACAGUCGCAUUAACAAAGCCUUUGGGAUCCCCGAGGACUUUGACUACAUGGACUGAUUGCAAUUCUUUCUACCAUAGCUCACGGACACAGUAAGGGAAAAGUAUGAGUUUUAGGCCUCAGUUUGUAGCCUCCAUACCUGGUUUCCGCAUUUCUUGUUCUGCUGGGUGCAUUAGAAUGAAAAUAAUUGCACCAAGGUUCAUAUCAAACACUGGGGGAGGGCUUUGAAUAAGGACGAACAUCAGUGAUUUUGCGGCAACAGAUGGACUUUAUCAGCAGAUAUGUUGCUUUGGUGCAACCAGAGAAGAGACUGAACCGGCCAUUAGCGGCUGAGAGGGGUGAGGGGGGCUCUGUGAUGAACACAGCGUAGCAGCCAGAUAUUUCGGACACCUGUUUGCAUGAAAACUGAGAACUCCAAGUUGAUGAUGGAAAGGAAUCAACACUGAACACAUCUGUGUCGCCAGUGAUCUAAUUUAUAUGGUUUAAACAGAUGGUUUGGAAUGAAAUCCUUGUGCGUUUUUUCCUCUAUGUCCCCCUUUUGUUUGUAUUUUUCUUGGGGAGAAAGAGGAAAAAAUGCAGUUUAGCAAUGGUUUGUUCUGUUCACUCAUUAAAAGGUGCACUGGGACUGACAGGAGAAUUAAAUUACAGAGGGUAUGUUUAGGAUAUGUUUUGUGUGUGCUGUAAGUGCUGUAAAUAUUUAAAGCACAUUUACUUUUGUACAGAACCUCUCGUGUUGCAAAUAAAAUGUCCCUGUGAGUUUUACAAGCCAAUUUCAGCAGUUGUGUUCUUUCCAAAACUUGGUGUGCAGUGUACAAUUGCAUUUACACCAGACCUUCAAUCUUUUGUAUUUGCAGUUCUUUAGAAAUAACCACAUUGCAAAGUCUGUCACAAAAGCAUUUGUUUCGGAGCUGUACACUCACUUUCUGUAUGAACAGAAAGGGAACGUUGUUGCCCUGACAUAUCUAGAAUAACUAUGCCCCAGCUUUUUUUUUUUUUUUUCCUCCUCCUUUUCUGUCAAACCAGAUGCAAAACAGGUACUUGUGUGUUCUGUGUUUACUCAGUGACCUACUUGUCAUGACCAGUGUCUGGGUUUGUCGAUUUAAAUUUCAAAUGUGCUCUGUGCCUGUCUUCUCUUGCAUCAGUUUAGUCUUCUUUCCAGUAGAUGAAUGAUAAGCAAGCAUAUUGUUAGUUUCUGCUGAUUUAUUGUUUUUUUUUUUUAUUUGUAAUGUUUCUUAAUGCCAUUUAUUUUCAUCUGAGAAUCAUUUAACAUGUUUG